UCCGCCCGGAUAGCCGGCGGCGGCGGCGGCGGUCGGGAGAGGCCCCUCCUUCACGCCUUCCUUCUUUCGUUCGCUCGCAGCCGAGCGGAGCCGGCUGACCCGGCUGGGCCCCCCACCUUCCCUGGGCCAUGGCCGGCAACGUGAAAAAGAGCUCUGGGGCCGGGGGCGGUGGCGGCUCCGGGGGCUCGGGCUCUGGAGGCCUGAUCGGGCUCAUGAAGGACGCCUUCCAGCCGCACCACCACCACCACCACCUCAGCCCCCACCCGCCGGGGACGGUGGACAAGAAGAUGGUGGAGAAGUGCUGGAAGCUCAUGGACAAGGUGGUGCGGUUGUGUCAGAACCCAAAGCUGGCGCUAAAGAAUAGCCCACCUUAUAUCUUAGACCUGCUGCCAGAUACCUACCAGCAUCUCCGUACUAUCUUGUCAAGAUAUGAGGGGAAGAUGGAGACACUUGGAGAGAAUGAGUAUUUUAGGGUGUUCAUGGAGAAUUUGAUGAAGAAAACUAAGCAGACCAUAAGCCUCUUCAAGGAGGGGAAAGAAAGAAUGUAUGAGGAGAAUUCUCAGCCUAGGCGAAACCUAACCAAACUGUCCCUGAUCUUCAGCCACAUGCUGGCAGAACUAAAAGGAAUCUUUCCAAGUGGACUCUUUCAAGGAGACACAUUUCGGAUUACUAAAGCGGAUGCUGCAGAGUUUUGGAGAAAAGCUUUUGGGGAAAAGACAAUUGUCCCUUGGAAGAGCUUUCGACAGGCCCUACAUGAAGUACAUCCCAUCAGUUCUGGACUGGAGGCCAUGGCUCUGAAAUCCACUAUUGAUUUGACUUGCAAUGAUUAUAUUUCAGUUUUUGAAUUUGAUAUCUUCACACGACUCUUUCAGCCCUGGUCCUCUUUGCUCAGGAAUUGGAACAGCCUUGCUGUAACUCAUCCUGGUUACAUGGCUUUUCUGACAUAUGAUGAAGUGAAAGCUCGGCUCCAGAAAUUCAUUCACAAACCUGGCAGUUACAUCUUCCGGCUGAGCUGUACUCGUCUGGGUCAGUGGGCUAUUGGGUAUGUUACUGCUGACGGGAACAUUCUCCAGACAAUCCCUCACAACAAACCUCUCUUCCAAGCACUGAUUGAUGGCUUCAGGGAAGGCUUCUAUUUGUUUCCUGAUGGACGAAAUCAGAAUCCUGACUUGACAGGCUUAUGUGAACCAACCCCCCAAGACCACAUCAAAGUGACGCAGGAACAAUACGAAUUAUACUGUGAGAUGGGCUCCACCUUCCAGCUGUGUAAAAUAUGUGCUGAAAAUGAUAAGGAUGUGAAGAUUGAGCCCUGUGGACACCUCAUGUGCACGUCUUGUCUUACAUCCUGGCAGGAAUCAGAAGGUCAGGGCUGUCCUUUCUGCCGAUGUGAAAUUAAAGGUACUGAGCCCAUUGUGGUGGAUCCAUUUGAUCCUAGAGGAAGUGGCAGCCUAUUGAGGCAAGGAACAGAGGGAGCUCCUUCUCCAAAUUAUGAUGAUGACGACGACGAACGUGCUGAUGAUUCUCUCUUCAUGAUGAAGGAAUUGGCCGGUGCCAAGGUAAGACUGCAAGUUAGGUGCACAGCAGAAUUCAUUAUGACAGAAUACUUAAUGACCUCCAAACUACGAGGGGUAGUAAUAUGUGAUAUUCCUGCCUCUGGCUCCCUCCAUAAAGACAAACCACUGCCAGUACCUCCCACACUUCGAGAUCUUCCACCACCACCCCCUCCAGACCGGCCUUACUCCGUUGGAGCAGAAACCCGGCCUCAGAGACGGCCCCUGCCUUGUACACCAGGCGAUUGUCCAUCUAGGGACAAACUACCCCCUGUCCCCUCUAGCCGUGUUGUUGGGGACUCAUGGCUGCCCCGGCCAAUCCCGAAAGUACCAAUUGCUGCCCCAAGUUCCAAUGACCCUUGGACAGGAAGAGAGUUAACCAACCGACACUCACUUCCUUUUUCAUUGCCCUCACAAAUGGAUCCCAGAGCAGAGGUGCCUAGGCUGGGAAGCACAUUCAGUCUGGAUACCUCCAUGAGUAUCAGUAACAGCCCAUUAACAGGCCCAGAUUGUGAGCACCCCAAAAUCAAACCUUCCUCAUCUGCUAAUGCCAUCUAUUCUCUGGCUGCCAGACCUCUUCCUGUGCCAAAACUACCACCUGGGGAGCAGUGUGAGAGUGAGGAGGACACGGAGUAUAUGACUCCCUCCUCUAGGCCUCUACGACCUUCGGACACAAGCCAGAGUUCACGUAAGUCACUAGAUGGAAACUUCACUGAGGGUUCCCAAGUUCCUGAGAGGCCCCCUAAACCGUUCCCUCGGAGAAUCAACUCUGAACGGAAAGCGGGUAGCUGUCAGCAGGGUGGUGGUGCUGCUGCCUCUGUCGCCGCUACCUCACCUCAGCUCUCCAGCGAGAUCGAGAACCUCUUGAGUCAGGGCUACUCCUACCAGGACAUUCAGAAAGCUUUGGUCAUUGCCCACAACAACAUCGAGAUGGCCAAAAACAUCCUUCGGGAAUUCGUUUCGAUCUCUUCUCCUGCCCAUGUAGCCACCUAGCACACUACCUCCCGCCGCAGCUUUAGAGUGAGCUGGGAGCUCUUAUGUAGCACCUAGAAGGGCAGGGCUUCCUUCGGAGACUUAACAGUGGAGUCUUGCCCUCUCUGUGGGAUAUCACAUCUGUGGUUCCAGGAUUUCAAAGCAGUGGAAUGAAAGUGGAGCAGCUAGUAUGUUUGUUGUUUUAUGGGUCUUGAGAGUGCAUUUGAGGGUGCCCUUCAGUCCCCACUGAGAGAAGGUGUGGACAUUAUUCCAUGGUAGCCUACCUGGGUAACAGUCCAGAAAGCCGCGUAGAUAAGUAUUGUGCUGUAGAUUUUAACUGGGGACUUAAGACUUUCCUGGGUUAAGGAUGUGGCUAAGUGUCUGUCUGUCUGCCUGUGGUUAUGUGUAUCCUUGUGAUUAUAGGAUUAACCUGCUGUGUGUGUUAAUCCCAGGCAGGGAAUUAGCACAAGAGGUUUAGAAGGAGUCUUUUAAAGACUUCCAUCUACUGUGGUAUUAUACCCAACCCUAGUGUGUGUACAACUUCAGCACUCCCCUUUGGCUUAGAUUAUCAAGUGCAUAGCUAAAGUCUUAUAUUUUUAGAACACUUUAGAACACCCUCCCUCUGUUCUUUCCUCUAUCAGCUUUUUCCUCCUCCUCCUCCUCCUUCUCCUUGGUGUUCUGUCAUUGGCAGUGGGUUUGCUAUGACCAGCCUUACUGAGGCCAAGGAGCUUAGGGGAUGUUUUGUAUUACGUGUGAUGGUGUUGGUUUGUGUGGUAGAGAGGUGGGAGGAAAAGUACUGUUGCUGUAUCAUUAUAGUCAUGUUUGAUACUAGAAGCUAACACUGGUCACUCCAAAAGCACUGUUUCUAUAGGAACAUUGAAUUUGUGAAGAUGAGAUGUUUUCAUGAUCCUAAUUACCUAACGACUGAUUUGAGAUAGAGGCCUUCAAAUACAUUCCAUGCCCUCCCCAGAAAAUCGUCUGUGGGAGUAUGUUGCCUUGCUGCCAGGUCUGUGUUCUGAUGUAGGUCAUGAGUCUUUCUACUCAACGGGAAGGGAAGAACAUUUGUUUCCAGGAUAACUUUCUGGCCCAAAUACCAUGAAGUUUUUUAGGAAGCUUCAUUCACAUGCUAUUUAAAUGCCCGAAAUAGUUAGUCAGGAUAUUUAUCUGUUCAUUUUUCUUCCCAGUGAUGAAUUAAUUUCAGCUUUUAGGGUGUCUUCCCUUUGAACGUGAGCCAGGUUAGAUUUUCAGAAAUGAUGUUUUUCUUUGCCCACGGCAGCACAGCAUGUUGCUGAUAAUUCGCACCUUCCUACAUUGAUGCCAACCAGUGACUUGGUUUUUUUUGUGCCUACGGCUUUGGGAAUGUAAUGUCUCUUUCCUCCGUUCCUUCCCCUUUCCUCUUUACCUUAGGUCCUGUAUAUACUCUUUAAUUACUGUGUUCCUCAUAGUAAUUAGACAUCAUUUGGUGAAUAAUUACUUCACUAUAAUCAAAGACAACAUGGAGAAAGCCUGGCAGUUUGCAUAAUCGCAAGUUCAUAAAGAAGAUUGAAAGUCCAGUUUAGAGAACCAAUUAGUUAGUUACAUAAUGCCCUGGUAAAUGAGUCCCCUUGAGUUUGGUUAGUUCUCUGUCCUGAGCCUUUUGCUGACUUGCCUACGAGGUGUAAUCUUCUUCAGCGUCAGAAGCAAGCCUUCCCUUCUUCAGAAUCUAAAUCAUGCUUUUGUCUUCAAAUUCAGACAGAAAUCGACAACUCCCAUCAGUUUUCUUUCUAGUCUUGUCAUCUUUAGAGUUUCACCUUGUUCCAACUCUCUCUUGACAUUUAGCUACUCCUAGAUCUUUUGGUUUUAUCCACAGGCUUUAGAGCUAUUCAUAUUCCCAGAGUAAACAGUAUAGGACAUGGUGUUGAUUAGCCGUGGAUACCUUCUGCCUCAUCUAUAGACAGAAAAUGGUAUAGCUGGCCGUGCGUGGUGACUCAUGCCUAUAGUUCCAGCAC